GCCGGGUUAUCGGUUCCUUGCAAUGUCAUUGAGUUUAAGUAUGCAGCCGGGUAAAAAAAUCAGAUAGAAACUGUCAAAACUGAUUUCUUAUUUUUAUAAAGGAAAUGUGUAGAACAACCUAAGAAGAGAAACUCAAAGAAAAUGCAUAAAAAGAAAUAUAGAACAGUAGUUAUUGCUUAAACUCAUUAUGGAUUUGAGUGACAGUGAAGAGGAAGAGAGUGAAAUUUCAUUGAUGGAAGGUCUUCCAUUCGAUAUUCUUCUGGAGAUUUUUAAAAACGUCGCUUGGAGGGACCUUCUACAUCUAUCAGCAACAUGCACAAGGUUCCGAGAGAUAUGCAAGACACAGGCUUUGUGGUUAAACAUGACAAGUCUUCAUUUUGAAGGCCCCAUGUCAAAGGUUAAUAUCUUGAAGUUACUGGAAAAAACUCCACAUGCAGCUCAUCUGAGCAUGAAGGGCAUGGUGAGCAAUUGUGAACACAUCAGCUUGGUUGACACUGAUGAUGUAUAUGAUGAUGACGAAGAAGUUGCAAUGACGGAAGUAGAAGAUAUGGACUAUCUCAAACCAGCUGACAGAUUUCUUCUGGAUGUGCUUAAAAUAUGUUCUCAGUUGAAAUCAUUGGAUCUGAAACUUGGCUUGAUCACAGACCGAGCUUUGGCAGCAGUCAGUGCAAAAUGCUCAGGUCUUCAAAGUCUUAGUCUCAAAUACAAUGCCUGCAUCACAGAAGAAGGCAUUGAAACUUUGAUAUCUACUUGCUCAACAUUGACUAAUCUCACACUCAGCAACUGCCACUGUGUUAACAACCCUCUGCAGUCUCACUUAAUCAAAAAUAGGAAAUGUGGAUUGAAGAAACUGGUAAUAGAUUGCAUUGAUGGCCAAGACCUGAAAAUAGAGGCCAUUCUUCAUAGCUGCCCAGAGUUGUCCUUUCUGAAGCUGACAUCCUCAAUGUAUACCACAAGAGUUCCUGGGGACUUUCCACCUCAGGGUGCCAACACAAGUAUGGAUCAUAUGAAGGAAUUGCAUAUUCUGAGCUGUAUGAAUCUCAUCGAAGUGUCUCUGUCAUUCUGUCCUCAUCUAGAAGUACUGGACGUAUCCUACUGCUUGAACUUGCAGUCUGUAUCAGGCAAUUGCCCUGCUUUGAAAAUCUUCACUUCCCAAAGAGUCGACAGUCUCAAAGAAGUUAGUCUCAGUUCGUCCAGUCUGGUUAGUGUUGAUUUAUCAUUUAAAGUGCACCUGGAGUCGGUGGAGAUAGGUUCACUAGUGGUGAGGGACCUCGACUUUUCAGAAUGCUGGAGUUUGUUGACAUCUGGCUUUAAAGAUUCAAGAGACAAAUGGAGAACCGUUCAUACGCUGAAUAUCGCUGGAUGUAGACAGAUGAACCCAUCUGAUGUCUGUGCCCUAUUGGCAGAGUUGCCUUAUCUACAGAAACUAUGCUAUGGAGGUAACUCCUGGAACAUGGUUAACUUGGUGUCAGAGAAUCUUACAUCUUUUGAAUUCCAGAACUCACCCAAGACAUCAUUUCUAAAGCUGACCAUGCCAAAACUUAAAGAACUGAUGUUACGGGAAUGCCUGGACAUCUCUGAACAAAAUUUCUUUGACCAUCUGAUGUAUGGACGACAGAUUUCCCGCCUUCAAGGUCUGGAAACUUUAGUGGAAUGUAAGUUUGGUGAGCCAUUUUCAAAUGGAAUCGGAGUCCCUGACCUUGAAGUUCUUAGAUGUCAUGUGCUCAAAGGUUUCCAUGGGGACGUGAUGUCACGGUGUCUGCAGCACUUCAGCCAUCUUCAAGUCUUAGAUCUGCAGAGAUGCGCCUUUCUUAAACAGUUCAGACUUGACUUCUGGAAGGCUAUAAAGACAGUGACCUUUAAUCAUUGUGGAAAACUGAAAUCUUUGGAAGUCCAGAAUGUGCCUUCAUUGACAUCGCUUAACAUUGAGUACUGUGGUAUGGUUAGACAGUGUUUUAUCAGUGCGUCUGGGCUUGAACAUUUAAAUGUGGAGGGUACCAACUUUGCUAAGAUGAGUGUGACUUCCAGUAAACUGCAGAAAUUGAAGCUACAAGGAGUUUGUACUCUGGAUGGUCCUGAAAAUCCACUAACUCUAUGCUGUGCAGGUCUUGUAGAGCUCUCCAUAGAGAAAUGUGACUGCCUAUCUGACCAGGUUAUGGAGAGUAUCCUUCAAGGCUGUCCUUGCCUGGCAUCUCUCAGACUGGUGGGAUCCAAGGCAUUGAGGCGUCUCCGGUUGCCAAGCAACAUAGAGGAGUGCAGUUUGACAGGUCACCUCCACCUGUCCACCCUAGACCUGCCCUCAGUGAACAGGCUGAGACAAGUAGCACUCAACAACCUUCCAAAGUUUCAGCAGUGUUCGAGAGCCCAGCUGUUGAUCAGUUGUGAGACCAACCUUGAGAGACUUGAGCUGAGAACCAUCCCCCAGGAGACACAACUCUGUGUGAGGCUGGCGGAGUUGUCUUCCUUGACAAUCUGCAUGGGCAUACACCUGGAGUCUCUAGAAAUCUCAUGCCCGCAGCUGAAAUUCUUAAGGAUACAAGGUUGUCCUAAGCUGACCAGCCUGUGUCUCCACCUAUCACGUCUUUCCCAGAUCCAGGUCUACCACAGCAUGCCGCUGCUACACCUGCGGUCCCUGACACUGCACUGCCCGAGGGUCAGGCAUGUAGGGCGCCUACUGCGACAUUAUUGUCCCAAUCUUGAAGUGCUUUCCCUAUAUGGAAGUACCAUACAGCAGUCAGAGUUCCACAAGCUUGGGGAACAUUUACCUACCUUGCAAACCCUUCAACUUAACGACUGCAAGGUCACUGCUGGGGACCAGUAUGAUGGAACACAGAAACUGUCUUUCAGUGUUGUUAAUAUGUGACUUAUUUGUUGAAUGCAGGGGACCGAUAAAAGCCAAUCCACAUGUAAUCAUCUUUUGGUGCAAGGAACCAAUAGGAACUUGUUCAUGUGUAACUCAUUUGUUGAAUACAGGAAACCAAGUGUACUGCUUAAUAUGUAAUUGUAAGUUGUUUCAUUCAGGAAUCCCUUACACUGACUGUGAUUCUGUGUAGCAAGUUCUAGAAAUACUUAAUUGAUAAGGGUGCAUAACUGUAAGCAAUUGUAUAGAGAAAAAUAAUAACAAGUGAGGUGAAUGGCUAACUGUAGCUUGCAAAAACUAGACUCAACAUAUUGGAACUACCGUUCAGUGUUGUCAAUGUGCAAUGCUAUGUCAACAACAUGCUAGAACCCACACUAAAUUAGCAUCUGUCAGACAAAUGCAGGGGACCAGCAGGAUGGACUGCACUUGAAGUGUUCUUAAUGUGAAACCAUUUGACAAGACAAAAACAAUCAAUAGUUCUGAAAUAACUUUAUAUAAAUGCAUGUAAUAUGGAAAUGACAUGUUGAAGGCAAAAAGGUGCCCUAAGACCAGUUAAUAGAGGAAAUAAUACAGUUUGUUAUUGCUUUGUUAAUAUUUAAUCAAUAAAAAAAACAAUUCAUCAUGAGAUGGAGUGUUACUGACAUGCCUUUUGAUUAUGUCCAAUCAAAUGUUGUGGCGGCAGCUGUUUCUGUGACAUAGGAUAUUUGAUGUCCUCACUUUUAUUAGGAUCUAGAUUUGUCUUUGCCCUUCUUUUGUUAAUUGAAGCUUGACAAGUACAAGAGUGAGAAUACUGUUUACUGCUAGCCAGCAUGAUGGUUGGGAACAAUUAUAACUUAUAUGAUGCCCUUAAAUUGUGUCCUCUAUCCAUUCUUUGUAUGCAUAUGUUUCAGGAUAAAUAAAAACAUGACAUUUA